AGGACACCAGUGCUGUUAUGGAACCCAAGAGAGAAGAGGGAGAGAAACCUAACAUUGGUUCUAUCGCUGGUACUGUCUGUGGAGUGAUCGCAGCGGUCCUAGCGUUUGCCGGAUUUAUAGCUUUAAGAUUAAAAAUGAUGAAGAAGGAAAAGGAAAUAAGGGAAGGAGAAGUGGGUUUGAAAGCAGGACCAGGACGUUUCAGUGGUCGAGGUCAAGGACGAGGUCGAGGGCGAGGUCAGGGACGAGGUCGCGGUCAGGGUCAAGGACGUGGACAAAGUCAUGGAAGAGGAAGAGGGGAGUUUUAAUUUUUCUAACCUGUAAAAUGCAACUAUAAUACUGGUCAAGAGAGAAGAAGCCAGUGCAUCACAAUAAACCUAGAGAAAAUACAACAGAGAACUGAAACAGACACUCAUUUUAUUUGAAGUGCUGUUUAUGAUUAGAUCCAGAUUCCAUACAGGAAACCCCUACAAGGCUCUAUAACACUUUCUAGUAUUUAAAUGUACAAUUAUGAUCUAUUUGUAGAUAUAUAUGUAUUCACAGAAAUCUACUGAAAAUAUUCUUAUAAUGAAAAGAAAUAUAAAUAAUCAUGGUAUCAUAAGACACAUACUAAUUACAAGUAAUUGCACCCUUCAUUUUACCUCGUGUGCAUGAAAUCAAA